ACAGCCUUGAGACUGAAGCAGCUCAUUGGAAACCAGCGCCCUCGCCUCCACCCGCAGCAGCAGGAUAACGGGAUGUUGUGCCCCAGCGCCUUCCAGCCAUCCACCGUCACGAUGAGGCCUUUCCUGGACCUGCACUGGCCCGUCCGCAGCCUGUGGCCCGAGACCCGGCCGCUCUUCUACCACAUCGAGCAGGAGAUGAUCCGCCACAUGCAGGAGAUGAAGCAGAGCAUAGAGUUCAUGGAGAGGCUACACCAGAAGAUCUUCGAGGAGAUCGACCAGACCUCCUCCUACAUUGGGGUCUUCAAGCCCAUUGCCUUCCAGGAGCUGGGAAAGGACAGCAGCACCUUCGCCCUCAGCCUGGACACUAAGGAGUUCUCGCCGGAGGAGCUGUCGGUGAAACAGGUGGGCCGGAAGCUGAGGGUGAGCGGCAGGACAGAGAAGAAGCAGGAGGACGGGAAGGGCUCCUACACCUACAAGUGCCAGGAGUUCAGGCAAGAGUUCGAUCUGCCGGACGGCGUCGACCCCGAGGCCGUCACCUGCUCGCUGGUGAGCGGCCAGUUACAGAUCCAGGCGCCACGGGAGAAACCCGUGGACGACGGGAAGGAGAGGAUUGUCCCCAUCAGCCUCACCUCAGCCCCGGCCAUCACCUCCACCACCUCCAGCAGUGGAGCGGAGGGGAACAGCGAGCCCUCCUCCGAGAAAAACUGAGUCUUUGUGUAGUUUUACUGUGUGUGACGGAUGGAGGGAACAUGGAGCUGAUGUUCUUCACGUGCACUUUUUAACUGUUUGUAAUAAACCGCCAUGUUUAGCUUUAAGUGUCUCAGAAUUUCUCAUUCAUGGAAAUCCACUCAGACAAAAGAUGUGUGAGACUAACAGUUUCUGAUGGAGUGAAGCAUCUGAGCCUGUCACCCAUCUUUGCUGUAGUUUUACCUGCUGGACGGAGGAAACAUGAUGCCGAUGUGCUUCAUCUCUGAUUUAUAAUAAUAAAAGAGAGUAACAGGCAGCUUAUAAUAAAGUCCCAAACAUCAAACUCCAGCUGUGGUCAGAAGUUUCCGUCCUCGGAUCGUGGGCUCGAAUGCCAGGGUCACUUUGGACUUUUAAUGAUUCCAUUAAACUGAUCUUUUUCCAAACUGCAAUGAUAAGAAACACUUUGGGGUUUCCUCUGAUGCACAUAAAUUAAAUUUCUACAUAAACCCACUAAUAUUUGCAUAAAUUACCCUUAAGUAAGUUGCACCUCGAUCAGACACUUUUAGUAGCCAUCAACAAACUUCUGGCAUAAUCCCGGCAGGAUCUCUGACGCUCCGCUCGGCAGAACUGGGAGAUUUCAGUUAAGCUGGUUGGUUUCCUGGCAGAGACCUGGCUUUUAAGCGUGCUCCACAGAUUUUCAGUAGGGUUGAGGUCGGUGCUUUGGGAAGGCUGCUCCAGCAGCUUAGCGUUAGCCUGCUUCAUCAGUCCUAAAGCAGUUUGAGGCGUUUGCGAUCGUUGUCCAACUGUGUCCAAGUUUCAGACAUCUAGCUGCUGAUGUGAGGUGAAGCUGAAGAACGUGGAGGUAACUCCUCCUUCAUUACUCCGUCCACUCUGUGCACUGUAGCAGUACCCCUGGCAGCAGCACAGCUUCAGAGCACGAUACUACCACCGCCAUGCUCGACAGCUGGUACAGCGUUUGAAACCUUCACUCCUUCAAACAUCCCUGAGUCAUCAUCAUCACCAUCAUCAUCUCUGUCACUGAGCCAAUCAGCUCGCUCUUUGUCUCUCUGACCAUCAAACAUUUCUCCAGAAGGCGUUCUGCUCUUUCCAGUUCACGGCAGGUUUGAGCCGUGGAGACCUCUGUUACCAGUUAUCACAUAAACACAUUUUUAUAAUGUUCUCUUUGUUAAAACUUUAUUCUUUCAAAUUUAUUUUGUUUUACGUUGACUUUUCUGUCCAAUACUUUGUGCGCUCUCAUGCUGUUUGGCUUUAUUCUCAUAUCAGCACUUCGUCCCUCAUAAAAUACUUUCUUAUCCAAAACACCGUAACUUCAUGACCAUAUCAGGAUUGAUCUGUACCGCUUUAGUUUAAAACGCUGUAUUACUAUGAAAUUGUUUGUAACGUUUUUCUUGAAAGUUAUUCUCAUGUUGUAAUGAUAGGUUUGAUU